UUGUUAGCUUUCAUAUGCUCUCUGUUUUCUUCUGAUUUUACACAAAUUUAUAUCAUGGGGUCUGAUAUCCAGGAAACCCUUGAAGGAAAAUCUUCUCAACAUGUCGAAGAAGAGAAAUCCACAGAGAAAACAUUAAAACGGCGAGACACCAUGGAUCCCGAAUCUCAUUGGCAAAGUAUUGGGCGUGGCACCAAGGCUUUGAGUUUGUCCGUCACCUUGCAUCUAGCAUUCCAGAGCUUAGGAGUGGUGUAUGGAGAUAUCGGCACAUCGCCUCUGUAUGUUAUUUCCAGCAUUUUUGCAAAUGGCAUCACCCACCAUGAUGAUCUCCUCGGAGUUCUGUCGUUGAUCUGGUAUACACUCACAUUGAUCCCUAUAGCCAAGUACAUGUGCUUUGUCUUAUAUGCCAACGACAACGGAGAAGGAGGGACGUUUGCCCUAUAUUCGCUGAUGUGUCGAUACGCAAAGGUGAGUUUGCUGCCGAAUCAGCAAGAGGAAGAUGCCGAAGUCUCCAACUACGGGCUGGAGUUGCCAAACGAGCAUCGGCAAAGAAGAGCAUGGGCACUCAAGACCAUGAUGGAGAACAGCAAUUCCUUCAAGUAUACCUUACUCUUUGCCACAUUGCUUGGAACUUCUAUGUUAAUUGGCGAUGGUGUCCUCACACCUUGCAUAUCAGUUUUAUCAGCUCUGGGAGGCAUCAAGGCAGCUACUCCUAAACUCACAGAAGAUAUGAUUGUUUGGUUAGCAGCUGUCAUCUUGGUCAUCCUCUUCAUGGGUCAGAAAUUUGGUACAGAUAAAGUAGGCUACACCUUUGCUCCAAUACUGUGCAUCUGGUGCUUGCUCAUUGGAGGCAUUGGCCUCUUCAACUUCAUUAAAUAUGACCCACUAGUCAUCAAAGCUAUAUAUCCUAAGUACAUUGUGGACUACUUCGGGAGGAAUCCAAAAGAAGCAUGGAUUUCUCUCGGUGGUGUCGUGCUAUGCGUAACAGGAGUUGAAGCUUUGUUCGCUGAUGUUGGCCAUUUUAGUGUAAAAUCAAUACAGAUAAGCACCUACUUCCUUGUCUACCCUGCUCUAAUCUUAGCCUAUGCCGGGCAAUGUUCUUACCUUCGGAAGCACCCAGAUGAUGUUACUGAAGCCUUCUACAAAUCUAUACCGGGUCCUAUCUAUUGGCUGAUGUUUGUGGUGGCCGUGUUAGCUUCAAUCAUUGGAAGUCAAGCUCUUAUUUCAGGGACUUUCUCAAUAAUCCAACAGUCCCUCUCAGUUGGGUGUUUCCCCCAUGUCAAAGUUGUUCGUACCUCGGACAAGUAUGAAGGCCAAGUUUACAUUCCUGAAGUCAAUUACCUUCUCAUGCUGGCUUGUCUUGCAGUCACUUUCGGUUUCAAAACUACUGAACAGAUUGGAAAUGCAUAUGGGCUUGCUGUGGUGUUUGUUAUGGUCCUCACGACAUGUUUCACGGUGUUGGUUAUGAUACUGAUAUGGAAAUCCAACAUAUUUUUAAUAAUUGCUUUUUCUCUUGUGAUCGGAUCCAUUGAGCUGCUCUAUUUAAGUUCAGUCCUCUACAAAUUCCAGCAAGGAGGAUACCUACCGUUGGUCUUUGCAGCAUUGAUGCUAACUAUAAUGUUUGUUUGGAAUAUUGUGUUUCGGAGGAAGUACCAUUAUGAUCUUGAGCACAAGGUUUCAUCUGGUUUGCUAACAGACAUGGCAGCUAACACACACAUUCGUAGAUUUCCUGGUCUUGCACUGUUUUACUCUGCUGUUGUUCAGGGAAUUCCACCCAUAUUCAAGCAGUAUGUUGACAACAUACCUGCAUUGCAUUCAGUUAUCGUUAUUGUCUCUGUCAAGUCACUGCCAAUCAGCAAGAUUCCAUUGGAAGAAAGGUUCCUUUUCCAAAGGGUAGAACCAAGAAGCCUCAACAUGUUCCGCUGCGUGGUCAGAUAUGGAUACACGGAUUUACGUAAGGAUGCAGAGCCAUUUGAGAAACUGUUAAUUGAGAAACUUAGGGAGUUUAUCAGGGAAGAUUUUCUGUUGUCUCAAAAACCAACCAAAAACGAAGAUGAAGAUGGGAACCAGAUGUGUAAGGAAGAGGAUCAAGGAGAUAAUGUGUUGGAGAGGGAAAUGCAGGAAUUGGAGCAGGCCUCACAAGCUACUGUUUCUCACUUGAUUAACGAGAAUGAAGUGGUUGCAAGCAAAGGAUCCAAUAUAUGGAAUAGGUUAUUGAUAAAUUAUGCCUACAAUUUUAUUGAGAAGAACUCGAGGAAGACUCAGCAAGUGUUUCACAUUCCUCACCAGCGCUUGCUUAAGGUUGGAAUGACUUAUGAGCUUUAAGUCAAGCUUUGCCACCAUGUUACAUGGAUGCUAAGAAGAAGAUGAUGCAUGCAUGAUGGAAUAAAUUAUUACUUCGUGCAUUAAACAUGUCUUGGAAAAUGGUUGUAAUAAGUUGUGUCCUAACCCCAAGGGUUGGAUCCACUAUUUUCACAAUAAGAUUGCUAUUUAAUU